AUGGAUCAUCCAAGUAGCGGUUUUGUCGCAUCGCCAUGGGCAGCGGUAUUGGGCCAUCACGCUAUGGCAGCAACGGCUGCAAGCGCCGAUGCGGGAUUCGCGGCAGCAGCAGCGGCACAUGUCCAGAACGUGGCGGCAGUAGCUCAACAUCACCAUCACCACCCACACCACCAUCAGAUCGCCGCUGCUGCUCAUCACCACUCGCACCACCAUCCACAUCAUCACGGCCACACACACCACUCGCACCACACACAUCACUCUCACCACCUCAAUCCGACGGCCAUGCCCAUGGACUUACACGUACCACAAGGAUUUCCAUAUUACAGAUAUCGCGACGAUGCUCUUUGCUGGGGUGAUAGAAAAUCGAUGGAAGAAAUUGGAGCCGCACAAUCUUCGGUAAAUGCAAGGAUUCUCGAACUACGGAAGGAAAAGUCUCGAGACGCAGCAAGAUCUCGACGUGGCAAGGAGAACUACGAAUUCUACGAAUUGGCGAAAAUGCUUCCUCUACCUGCGGCUAUAACAAGCCAAUUGGAUAAGGCUUCCAUUAUAAGACUGACAAUAAGUUAUCUGAAAUUAAGAGAUUUCUCUGGACAAGGCGAUCCACCAUGGACUCGAGAGCCGUCGAGUAGUAGCAAAUUAAAAAGUGCUGCAAUUCGACGUAGUCCUGCCGUAGAUCUAUUUGAGCAACAUCAAGGCACACACAUAUUGCAGUCACUAGAUGGAUUUGCAUUAGCUGUUGCAGCCGAUGGACGAUUUCUGUACAUAUCGGAAACGGUAUCUAUUUACUUGGGCCUCUCACAGGUAGAAAUGACAGGAAGUAGCAUAUUCGACUACGUCCAUCAGAGCGAUCACGCAGAAAUUGCCGAACAACUGGGGUUAAGCUUAACCAACGGUGGCAUUGCAGCUGGUGGCAACGGUAGUGGUACAACUGGGCUAGCGUCCCCCACAUCGGGAGCGUCAGACGACGGUGUUGGUACACAUGGAACGAAUAACCCUGAUGUGUCUGCACAAAUGACCGUGUCCUCAACCAGCGGAUAUAAAGGCUACGAGCGAUCGUUUUGCAUUCGCAUGAAAUCGACACUCACCAAACGAGGCUGCCAUUUCAAAUCCUCCGGCUAUAGGGCAAACGAUCAAUCGGUCAAUGGUGGUAAAAAUGGUAAACCAACGGGCACUAAUUAUUCGGUAGUUUUGCUAUUGUGCAAGCUGCGACCGCAAUACACGUUCUCACACACACGAAAAUCUCAGCCUCCUUUGUUGGGCAUGGUCGCUCUAGCGAUUGCCCUGCCACCGCCUUCCGUUCAUGAGAUUCGUCUGGAAUGCGACAUGUUUGUAACCCGCAUCAAUUUCGAUUUUCGAAUAGCACACUGUGAGCCAAGGGUGUCUGAUUUGCUGGACUACAGCCCCGAAGAUCUUGUCAACAAGAGUAUGUACAACCUAUGUCAUGCUGAGGAUGCCAUUCGGUUGCGAAAAAGUCAUAUGGAUCUAAUAGAAAAAGGUCAAGUUCUCACGGGGUAUUUUCGGCUGAUGAACAAGAACGGCGGCUACACUUGGUUGCAAACCUGUGCAACGGUAGUUUGCAGUACAAAGAAUGCUGAUGAGCAAAAUAUAAUUUGCGUCAACUAUGUAAUCAGUAAUCGAGAAAACGAGAAUCUCAUAUUGGACUGCUGCCAGAUGGAACCUACUGUGGAUUGUAUUAAACACGAAGAACUUGUCAGUGACAAGAACUCUGGCUCGCCUAACAGUGAUGCCGCGCCCGACGGACAAGCCGGUGUUGGUGGCAAUGCGAAAGACUCACCACCCAAGGCUGAUGGUGAUGGGCACAACCAACGUUCACGUGGACGGGGUUCAAGUUCCACUGUUAAUACAAACUCUAGCAACUUAACUUUAGUUAAAGAUAGUCCUAAUUCUGUAAAUGUUGAAAUGGAAAAUGGGACGAGUUCUUUGCCAACAACUGUGGCCACACCAGCAGCAACCCCUACCACAACAACAAAACGCAAACGAAAAACCAAAGCCUCGCUGCAAAUCGAGGAGAAUUCGGACAUAAACACAGUUAAUGUUUCGGACACAGAUACUCAACCGCAAACGAAAAUACCAACCAUAGAGAGGGAAGUGCCACGUAGCCGUUUGUCAUCGACAGUGGAACAAAUCCCACAGCAGCCGCAGCAAGCGCAUAUUUCACAACAACAACAAACGCAGCAACAAAUACAGCAGUCACAACAACAGCAAGCGCAUUCUGAGGCUUCCGUGAAGGAUUUGGAAAAUGCUAUGACAAAACACUUGCCCUCACCCGGAAUAAAUAGUAGCGAUGCUGCAGUAAUCGCCACAGAUUUUAGCACAGACGCGCUCUUAAAACAACAGCAACAAAACGAAAAGAGCAGCACUAUACAGUGGAUCGGUGCGCCACAUUAUCAACAACCAGCGCAAAUGCCUGCCACCGCGCUGCUGCGGCAACUUUAUGCAAAUCGAGAAAGCGUCAUAAGAGCUACAGCACGUCAAACGCCGACCGGCGUCUUUUACGGUGACCAACAGGGUGGACCGUUGCCCACUCCACCAGGCAGUGAGUCAUCCUAUGACAAUCACCAAUAUCUACAACUUCAUCCCGCCCAUCCACAAAAGUCCUCUUCAGAUGCAUUCACAAACUUGGUAUCCACAUAUGGUGGUUACCACACCUCUAUCGAUUAUCAUAAUGCUAUGACUCCGCCUAGUUCAGUAUCUCCGCGUGACAGCAACAAUACCAUAAAUGCAACCAAAGCAACCUCUCACAACAGUAACGGCUAUGAUUACACGGACUCACUCCGUGUUCAGUAUUCAACACCGAAUAACGCCGGCGAAAGUAGUGGCACACCUGCACUACCGCUCAAGCCACAGCCAUACUCGGCCGCAACGGCCACCAUGCACCAUCCGCACCCAAGUGCCGACGCAUCCAGCAUUACAUACGGCAACUUAGAUCAAUCACAAUACUUUCCACCACAUUCCAGCUUUCAUUUAUAUCAUAAAGGUACACCACCCAGUGGCUGGUACUCGACACCAUCAUAGGUCAGCCUUCAGAACUGCAAUUUGCAGCAACAGUGGGGAAUGCAGAAAGAACAACCAAUGCAGCAAGUUGAACUGCAUCCAAAGGAGAGUUGGGAUAUUGUUGGAGCACUUGGAAAAGUUGCCAGAAUGUUCUUCAGUGCCCGUAGGGGUAAUUAAAGAGCGGGCGGUACUACUAACUCGAAAGAAAAUUGCCUUGCUUGUUAAACUCACGCAUGCAGCGCGAAAUAUAGCGGCCCAAUUCAACUGUAGCGUAAUAUGGUUCAUACAUACGCAUACAUACAUAUGUAUUUACAAGUAUGUUCAAUAGAAUCUAAGGAAAAUAUUGUUUUUUCACACUAUCGUUCGAAAAAUUGUACACAACUUCUUUUCCGAAAACCUACGUGGUCGUUACUAAAUAUUAUUAUGUGUACUUAUGUAUGUAGUUUUGAAUGACCAUACAUACCUAUACAUGCAAACGGGUAUACCUAUACAUGUAAGUAUGUAUGUGUGUAUGUACAUACUAUAUGCUUCGACUAAUAACUUUUGUGAAAUUCUAAAUUUCCUGCUUAAAUUCGUGAUGUCUUAAAAUGUACAGAUUGGUACAUGUACAUAUGUUUGUACGUAAGUACGUCCACCUUUGAAUAUCACAACUAUUUAAUCAAUUAUUUUUAAUUAGAAAGGCGUUAAUCCGCUUCGUAGAGCUCUAAACUCUCCGACGUAUAAAUAGUAUAUACACAUGUACAUAUUUUACUGUUAAAUUUUGUUUUACCUUUCCAUUUGAAUUUGGCUUUAAAUACAUAUUUUUUCAAACACUAGACACACGAAUACUAUAAAAAUCUGUAAUAAAAAAUACAAUUGUAAGUAAAAUAUGAUUACGAGCACAUCAAGCAUUUGUACAUUUCAGAAUUUAAAAUAUUUAUAAAAUGAAAUAUGUGAACUAACUAAAAUUGUAUAUUUUUCGGAUGCUAUAAGGUUAUAACUAAGGAAAUACUCGAAAUGAACAAUUUCCAAUUAUUAAUGGAUAACAAAUAACCAAUUGCUUAUAUAAGACUUAGAUAGUGUGCCAAUAAUGCAAAGACAAAAAAAUAUUAUAAAUUUAAGAAAUUAGAAGUGCAUUUUGUAUUGUUAUUAAUUAUUUAAGCUACAUACUAGCGAUUUACUUAAACGUUUAUAUACAAUUAAGGACAGAUAUCUGCAUGUCGCAAAUACAACCCUAUGACAUACAUAUCAA